CGGCGGUUGGAGUUCGGGGGAGGGAGGUCGGAGGAGGGAAUCGGGAGCGGGGAAGCGAGGUGGGGAUUGAUGGAGGGAAGUCGGGACCGAGGGAGAGAGGUGGGAAUCGAUGUAGGGGUGUCGGUGGAGGGAGGUCGGGGGAGGGAGGUUGGAGGAGGAGGUCAGAGUAGGGACGUUGGCGGAGGGAGGUCACAAUUGUUGAAGAGCAGGGAUCGAGGGAGUCGGGGUCGGGGCAGGGAGGUGACGGAGGUCGCAAUAGGGGAAGGGAAGAGAGGUGGGGAUCGAGGGAGGAAAGGUUGGGAUCCAGACAGGGAGGUCGCAAUCGGGGGAGGGGAGAGAGGUGGUGAUCGAGGGAGGGAAGGUCGAGAUCCAGGCACGGAGGUCGCAAUCGGGGGAAGUAUGAAGAGGAGGGAUCGAAGGAGGGAAGGUCGGGAUCCAGGCAGGGAGGUCGUAAUCGGGGGAAGUAUAAGACGGGAUGGAGAAAUGGGAUCGGAGAUGAGGGGAAGUGGGGAGCAGGAGGUCGGCGGAGGGAGGUGGGGGGAGGAAGGUCGCGGGAGGGAGGUCGCAAUUGGUAUGGUAGUCGGGAUGGGAAGGGAACUUAGGGAAGUCAUGGGAGGGGGUUCUGUGGAGGGAGGGAAGUUGGGAUGGGAACGGGGGUCGGGUAAUGGAGUUCGGUGGAAGGAGGUCGGGGCAGUGAAGUCGGGGGAGGGAGGUCGGCUGACGGAAAUUAGCGGAGAGAAGUAAUGGGGGGACCGAUGGACUCGGCAGGAAGUAAGGGGAGGGAAGCCGGGAUGGGGAGGGUCAAUUUCUUUUUUCUCGAUUUUCAGGACGCGCAAGCCCAGAGGCUGACCUCCUCAACGUGACGGGCUUGUUCUCAAGCAAAACAAAAAAGCCGAUUUUGCGCGAUGUUCGGUCGAACUUCAUGUUCGGCGGAACACUGGGCCAGGAGGUCUUCAACGUGCAAGCAUUCGGGUGCGGGUGUUC